AUGGCCAAGCAGGGCGCGAAGCAGCAGGUCGCUGCGAACAACAGGCGCCUCGCGAUUCUCACAUGGAUCGUGUACCUGCCGGCGGCGGUGUACGCGGUGGUCCGGUUCGGGCUGCAGUGGCACACUACUAGCAAGACGUUGAUUGCCAUGGCGCUUUUCGCGGCCGCUGUGUCGCGCACGCUGCUCGGCUCGCUCCGGAGAAUGGCCGUCCCGAUCUACGACGAGACGGGAACGAUCGCGGACGCCGGAACGAACCUCUCCCAGGGCGGCAUGGUCGGGUACUACCACGACGUGUUGUACAUCACAGCCCUGACGUUUGUUGUAUCGCUCCUGUCGGACAAAGGAUGGCUCCUGUAUCUGUGUGUGCCUGCGCUGGUGCUGGUGUUCCUGUUCCAGCUUAUGGGCAGUGGGCCGAAGCUGCCCGGCGCCGGACGGCCGGACACGGAGGCGGAGAGGAAGCGGCAAGCUCGGGCGGAGAAGCGGGCCCAGCACCGCGCGCGCAAGCGCAUUUAG